UGCGGUCCGUCCUGCGCGUGCAACCCGUGCACGUGCGCCACCACGACGCCGUCGUGCCAGUGCGGCGACAACUGCACGUGCGGCCCGUCCUGCGCUUGCACGCCCACGUCGUGCGCGUGCUCGUCCGCCAAGGCCAACCCGAGCUGCUCCUGCAACCCGUGCCAGUGCGGCGACAACUGCCAAUGCGGCAAGUAA